UUGAAAAGUCAAGAAAACCACCAUAUGAAUGAACCACGUGAACUUGGAAAAUCUUUUAAAAUAAAUAAACAACAAUGAUGAACCAUCACCGAGCAACCGAACUAUGAUCAAGAUGUCUUUGUUGACCCUGCUGGCCGUUCUUCUGCACUUCUAUUCAUGGGCUGCUGCUGCUGAUGUUGACAAUGACAUUGUGUCACAAGAGGUGAUGGAGGGAAACAAUUUCACCAUCUCAACUAAACUCCCUAAACUGGAUACAGACCCUCAAUCUUUGUUUACUCUUGUUAAUGGCACCUCAGAGGUCCCACUCGCACAGUUAACAUGCCAUUUUCUGAAGUGUUUACCCAACUACUGGACAUCUGGAGUUUUGCUGGAAUUCAAUGAGGAGAAUGUGACACUCAUCCUGCUGAAGAUCACCCGCAGUCAGACGGGCCUUUACAAAGUUAGAGACCUAAGCAGCCAACAGCCCAAAGACAAGUGUUUUAAUGUUACUGUAUAUGUGCCACCCCCAGAGCCUCCUCCCUCUUCCAGAUAUACUGAUGCACCGGUCAUAGUUGCAACUAUAGGGUUCAUCGUGAUCGUGGUUGCCAUCAUCAUUGGUGUCAUAUUCUUCAAAUGCAGAAGGGGGACUGAGAUUGCACAGACUCCUCAGCCAGAAAAUGAAAUGAUGAUACAGUGGCACCACUCAGGUCAAGGGUAAAAAAAGCUGGACAGCAUCAGGACCAGAAUCCACCGCAAGUACUUUGCCUGACAUGACCAAAAACAAAAUAGAACCCAUUUAGGGAUGAAAUGAUUACCGGUUUCAUGAUAAAAAUUUCCAACGGUUAGCAUUACCGUGGCGUGUCACUUUUCAGUUGUCAUUAACCUGUACAAGUUUCACGUUUUGAAAAACUAACUGUACAUAUGGUCCAACAUCAAGACAUUACUGGCUCCCUUGGUUUACCUGAGGUGCUGUUCUUGUAGUUUUUUUAUUUAUUGCCAGCACAUAAAAUCUCCUUCAGCACGUGACAGUAAAAGUUGUUCAGGUAACGUAUCGCAUGCUUAUAUUCUAAAUGUGAAUGCAGAGUGCUGGACACCGUAUCUAUCAAUGAUGUGUUCUUUUUAAAGAGUAAAUGGUUCUUUAGGGAACCAAAAUACUUCUUCCGUGGCAUUGCAGUGAAGAACCUUUUGUAGCACCUUUACUUUAAGCACACUUGUACAAUCACGGUCAAAAUAACCAUGUUCUCAACAUUAUUUGAGAACUGAAGACAUUUUAGACAGUUGCUUUAAAGAACAUUCCUACUGCCUUUAUUUUAUUUAAAAUUUAGUUUAAGCCCAUUUUUGUGAAUCUGGGUUUCAUUUCUUUGUGUCCAUAUUUAUUUCUUUGUGUCUGUAUUUAUUUUCGUGUGUUCAUAAAUUUCUGUAUGUUCCUAAUUUUUCUUCUCUUCUCUCCUUUCCUGUAACUUUUCUAGGGUGUCACUUUAAGCUUGUUCUCUAAAGAGGUUUAAGGCAUUAUGUAUACAUUUGUACAAAAGCUAUGGGACAGAAUGCAAUAUGUUUAAAUAAAAUCUUUUUGUCCUGAAAGAACUUAUUUGCAUUAGUAAGGAGUUUGCGAACAUUCACAGAAUAAAUCAGAUUUUUGUUUGGUAAUAAAGGAAAUGAACAGGACAUUAGGGAACUUCAGAACAGAUGCAGUCACCAAGAGAUUUCAGACAUCGAGAAAAAAAUCUCACCCAGAGAUUGGUGCACACAUGACAGGUUGAAAGACAAGGACAAUAAUAAUACAGUCCUCACAAGGGCCACAUGGAACUCUAGGAGAUUGUUAUUAAACCCAACAGUUGCAGCUUAGUUACUAUAUUAGCAAUGUUUCUAAUCGUCAUUUCUGUGAACGUAUCGAGUGUACAUUUCCCUGGGACACCGAUGAAGUCUUGAGUUUGUCUCCUGACUUGAUGUUGUUCCCUUCCAGUUAAAUCAGUGAGAUCAUUGUCAGUAAGUUGUGGUUUAUCUCCUUAUUUACACUUCACUUCUGCUCUAACUCAUCAGUUCCGUGACUUUAGAUGACUUUGUCACUAAACCCCCCUUAAUUGCAUUUUAAAGCUGAAGUGUAAUUUUCUCAAUGUUAAAAUACUUUAAACUAAUUUUCCAUUCCACAAUAAUAUGCAGAAUCCAUCUAUAAGGCCAAACUGCGUAAUGAAUUGACACAUUCCAAUGAAAAUAAAUCGGAGAUGUAAACUACAUGAAUUGAGAAUUUAGAAGCUACAAAUAUUUAUUUCCGUGGAUCAGUUCAUCAGUGAGAAGUUUGAUGCAGCUUGUUUCGUAUGCAUCUAUUGAAAAACAGUGGAAUGGUUAUAAAAUGGUUACACACCAUGGUUCAGAGAAAUCACGCUG